CUAUUUACCAGAUCAUAUCGUACAAAACAUGAAAAAGGUGAAUUUUCAACACGAGUUGUCGAUUGAAAUGUGAUUACGAUUGUAAUCUUCACGCUGGUCAGACACGGACAUCACGUUUAAGAGAAAUUAAACAUGAAAAAUUAUGCGAAAAUUGGAAUUUUCAUUUCACAGGCUUUAAAUUUUCCUUAUUUUUUUUAGCGAUCAGCAGAUCAGGUCAAGUUUUCAAUCAGCGUAGGAAGGUAACUGACAAAAUGAAAAAAUAUUGUUUAAUUUUAGUUAUAUUUUUUUUGAAAAUCCUUAUAUUACGGUUAUUUGUUCAUGGAAAACAAUUUUAUAAUCCAGGAGAAGUGCAGUAUGUUCUGAGAAUAACCAACGUUUCAGUAUGCCCAGGUAACGCGAAACCAUUCAUGAGUGAUUUUAAAUGGAUUAGGAAAGGGUAUACUCAACACUUGUCGAUGAAUUUGAUCACAGAACAAACAGUUGUAAUAAGCCGAGUGAUGGUACGAUUUGAAAGAUGUCGAGAUUUAGAAAUCGGAUGCGAAGAUUUCCAAACGUGGAACUUCACUAAAUUUUGUCAUUUUAUUUACAUGAAAAAUCAAUUAUGGACCGAAAUCGUGGAUUCAAUAACGCCAAGAUCAUUUGCUAAAGACUGUCCUCGAUUCAAUCAAGGAAUUUAUAAAGUACAAAAUGCUUCUAUCGACGUCAAUAAGCUGAUGGAAUUUUACAGGGAAGGAAUUAAAUAUUAUUGGAAAGUUUACUGUUAUAUUUACAACAAGAAAAAUGAAUUAUUGCAUUGUGGCGUGAUACAUGCUCAUGCUAUGAGUUUUAUUAAAAGGGAGAAAUCUCCAGCGUAAAUCGUCUCGAAUACGUACAAAUAAUAGGUAUAUUUAAUUAUGCAGUAUUAUUGAAAAGUUUUUUGUAUGAUAAUUUGAAGAAAAUAUUCUUUCUGACAAGCUCCUAAUUAUUUUUUACUCGAAUAAAAAAACACACACACAAUUUCCAA